GAUAUGACAAUGCGUUAUAUCUGUCUGUCUACCGUUUCAUGCAGUACGUACGACUGGACGUUCUGUUGUCAAUAUAUUUUAUCCGCCAACUCGUCAAUUUUUAUUUUUAUUUAAUACUUUUAGUUUUUAGUUUUUAAUCAUUUUUGAUGAUCAUAGUGACAAUGUCGACAAAUGUACAUUUCAAAUUGGUAUCUGUAUUAAGUAUUUUCAUUUUAAGCGAGUUGAAUUUAACUUUUGCGAAACCGGUUGAUCAAGACGAUAACAAUGAUUCAUCGACUUCACCAUUUUCACAAACAACUAAGGAAGCCACCAGCAUAUCCACAGAAUAUACAGAAACUCCAUAUUUUUCACCAGGCACAGUAUUAAAUCCAAGCACGCCACAGAUCAAUUUAGAAGAUAUUUUAUCAUUACCAGUAACUGCAAUACCUUCAAACACAUCUCCAAGCACUGUUGAAGUUCCGUCUUCGUCAUCUGCACCUACGGAAUAUCCAAGCACUGUUCAAGUCCCAUCUUCGUCAUCCGCGUCUACCGAAAGUCCAAACACUGUUGAAAUUCCGUCUUCGUCGUCUGCUUCUACGGAAAGUUCAAGCACUGUUGAAGUUCCGUCUUCGUCAUCCGCAUCUACCGAAAGUUCAAGCACUGUUGAAGUUCCGUCAUCAUCUGCGUCUACAGAAAGUUCAAGCACAUCUCCAAGUAAUGUUGAAGUUCCGUCUUCGUCGACUGCGUCUACGGAAAGUUCAAGCACUGUUCAAGUUCCGUCUUCGUCAUCUGCGCCUACGGAAUAUCCAAGCACUGUUCAAGUCCCAUCUUCGUCAUCCGCGUCUACCGAAAGUCCAAGCACUGUUGAAGUUCCGACUUCGUCGUCCGCAUCUACCGAAAGUUCAAGCACUGUUGAAGUUCCGUCUUCGUCAUCCGCAUCUACCGAAAGUCCAAGCACUGUUGAAGUUCCGUCUUCGUCAUCCACAUCUACCGAAAGUCCAAGCACUGUUGAAGUUCCGUCUUCGUCAUCUGCGCCUACGGAAUAUCCAAGCACUGUUCAAGUCCCAUCUUCGUCAUCCGCGUCUACCGAAAGUCCAAGCACUGAUCAAGUUCUGACCUCGUCAUCUGUGUAUACGGAAAAUCCAAGUACAUCUCCAAGCACUGUUCAAGUUCCGUCUUCGUCAUCUGCGUCGACAGAAAAUCUAAGCACAUCCUCAAGCUCUGUUCAAGUUCCGACUUCCUCGUCUGUGCCUACGGAAAAUCCAAGUACUUCUUCAAGCGUUAGAGUAUACUCGUCUUCGCUGUCUACUAUUACACCAAGUGAAUCACCUAAUCGUAUAAGAUUUAUUUCAGUACCGUCAACAACUACAGAAGUACCAAAAAUUCCAUCUGAAGUAUCUAUGUGUCUUCAGAUAGCACCCUUUUUAUAUCGCUGUGAAACUGCAAAUGCAAUAUAUGUAAUAAAGUUAAUACACAAUAUGUUUCAUAAAAUAUUCUAAAAUGCUACUAAAUGCUAUAGUCUUAUAAAAUAGUAUUGUUAUCCUCGAAUACUUUAAAUUAAUUUUAAUGACUUUCAUAAAUAUAUGCUUCAUAGUACUAUUAGAAUUCUGUUUUAAUAGAUUUUUUAUUUCAUACGUAUAUAAAAUUUAGAUUCUAAACCCUUAAUUUACUAGUACAUGUAGAUUUUAUAAUACUAAUAUAUUAUGAAUCGUAAAUUAUUCUAAAUAUUAUUGUAAAAUAUGUCAUUGCUAUUAGUUCUGGAGGCUAGUUGAUUUAUAAACACAUUCCGCUCUUAAACAUCUAGACGGUUUAAUGGCGAUAAACAAUAUAAUAAAAAUGUCUUCUUCGAACUUUUUGUCAUGUAUAAUAAUGCGAAAUACACAUAAUGAAUGGGUCAUAUUUCCUGUCUAGAGGAGUUGAGUGGCUGUGUGUAAGCGUAAAUAUAAACUAUCUAGCAGUUUUUGGCAUACUUCUCUAAAUGAAUAAGCAAAAGCUUAAUUUUAAAUAAUAUUAUUCAUUUAUAGAAUUAAUAUAAGUAAUAAAAUGUCAAUAAAUUCAUUUGAAAAAUAUAAAACAUAAUGUACAUCUAAUCUUA